AUGGGCCAGGCCCAGACAAGAGAGAUCUCGUACCAGGGAAGAGACGGGAGGAAGGAGCCAUCGGCUAUCUCGGCCGAAGAAGGACGAAGGAGAGUAGGCUCCGGAGAAGGAAACUCCGGCGGUGCGAUAGGGGUUGAAGGGGGUGGCUGGAAAAUCUGGUUUCCCGUACCAGAACAAGCAGAAUGUUCGGCAAAGAGGAACUCAUCAGAUCCCGUCUGUGGAAGUUGUUUACUCAGCGGAUCCGGAGAAAACGAUAUGGGAGAUGGAGUCGAGAGAGCGGUGAUACCCCGGCGGCGAAGGAAGCACAUAAGCAGUAGACUAGAAUCUGUGCGAUAUCGGGAUCGUCCGGCGGAUCUGGUGGAUUCGACGGCUUCGACGGUACCGGACGGUCCAGAGGCGAUGGGUCAGUCAAUCCCCGACGGUGAGCAAGGCUGA